CAAGGAAAAAGAGGAAGCAAAGAGGAAAACGACGAUUUGGAAAGCCGUUACGCCAUGGAUGACAUCAACAAAAAUCACUAACACAUAGGGACCGGUACACUACUACCGACCAAAUACGUCGACCAUAAGCAAAGUCCAAAUUCCAGAAUUUCCCUUCUUCUACCGCCGCCCUCAACCACCACCGAUCAUUUCCAGGAGAGUUGGAUUUUUCUCGCCGCCUCAUUUUCCAGUAUCUGUUAGGUACACAGCUGGGAAAAGAUCUGCUUCCAAAUGGGAUGGGGAAGCAUCUACAAGAGACGUGUGAAAGUUUUCACUCUAUCUGUUGUAAUCUACCUGGAUUAUAAGGCCCUGCAAGUGAGAGAGAAAUGGACAAAGAGUUCAAAGAGGGAUGAGCUUUGGGAGAAGGCUCAUGAAUGUAAUGCCAAGCGUGUUCUUAAAUUGAUAGUUGAGCUGGAAGGCUUAUGGGUGAAACUAGGACAGUACCUAUCUACACGAGCUGAUGUACUUCCCCCAGCCUAUAUAAACCAUCUAAAGCAGCUGCAGGACUCUCUCCCCCCUCGCAAGCUAGAAGAGGUUUGCCUGAUUAUCAACCAGGAGCUAGGGAAAUCGAUCGACGAUCUCUUUUUGAAUUUUGAUAAUAUACCACUCGCUACAGCAUCUAUAGCUCAAGUUCACAGAGCAACUCUGCGUGAUGGACAAGACGUAGUUGUUAAAGUUCAACAUGAGGGUAUAAAAGAAAUCAUAUUGGAGGAUCUCAAAAAUGCUAAGUCAAUAGUUGAUUGGAUUGCCUGGGCAGAACCACAAUAUGACUUCAAUCCCAUGAUAGAUGAAUGGUGCAAAGAAGCACCCAAAGAACUUAACUUCAACAUUGAGGCUGAUAACACUCGGGAAGUUUCUAGGAAUCUUGGCUGCAAAAGUAAUUUUGAUGAUAACGUCAUAAACCGUGUGGAAGUCUUAAUUCCAAAUAUUAUUAUGUCAACUGAGAAAGUCCUAAUCUUAGAGUAUAUGGAUGGAGUACGUCUAAACGACUCAGUUUCUCUGCAAGAAAUGGGUGUUGACAAACAAAAACUGGUUGAGGAAAUUAGUCGUGCAUAUGCACAUCAAAUAUAUAUUGAUGGAUUCUUCAAUGGUGACCCUCACCCUGGAAACUUCCUUGUGAGCAAGGCUCCUCCACAUCGACCAAUAUUGCUAGACUUUGGGCUUACGAAGAGGCUAUCAUCUCCUUUGAAACAAGCUUUAGCAAAAAUGUUUCUAGCAUCUGCUGAGGGUGAUCAUGUGGCUCUUUUAUCUUCCUUCACGGAAAUGGGACUUAAGUUGCGGUUGGAUGUACCCGAGCAAGUUAUGGAAAUAGCAAAUGUCUUCUUCCGCACUUCAACCCCAGCAGCUGAAGCCGCAAAAACAAUGAAAGCUUUAGCUCAGCAAAGAGAUAAAAAUAUGAAGGUCCUUCAAGAGAAAAUGAAGCUCAAUGAGAAACAAGUCAAACGAUUCAAUCCUGUUGAUGCUUUUCCAGGGGAUAUCAUUAUAUUCAGCAGAGUGAUUAAUCUUCUAAGAGGUCUUUCGUCAUCAAUGGGUCUUCGUGUUAAUUACGUGGAUAUUAUGAGACCAUUUGCAGAAUCUGUUUUACAAGGCAAUGUGAACAAAGGGCCAGCAGCUAAUCCAAACUGGAUGCACGACACUCCUAUCCUUUCUAAUGUUGAAAACAAGCUUCGGAAGCUCUUAAUUGAGCUUGGCAAUGCUGAUAAAGUACUUGGAAUACAGGUGUGUGCCUAUAAAGAUGGAGAAGUAAUCAUUGACACUGCUGCUGGGGUCCUUGGAAGAUAUGAUCCUAGACCAGUUCAGCCUGACAGUUUAUUCCCUGUUUUCUCUGUAUCUAAAGGAAUCACAGCAGGAAUGGUUCAUUGGCUUGUUGAUAAACGGAAGCUGAACCUUUCGGACAAAGUUGAAAAUAUAUGGCCCGAAUUUGGAUCAGAUGGAAAAGACAAGAUAAAGGUUCAUCACGUGCUUAAUCACACAGCUGGUUUGCAAAAUGCCAUGGGCAGUGUAGCACGCGAAAACCCUCUACUUCUGACUGAUUGGGAUGAAUGUCUAAAUUGCAUCACAAAGAUGGUGCCAGAGACUGAACCCGGAGGUCAGCAGUCAUAUCAUUACUUGUCUUUUGGCUGGUUAUGUGGUGGUAUUAUUGAGCAUGCAUCAAAGAAGAAGUUUCCGGAGAUCCUUGAAGAAGCAUUUAUUCAACCUCUUAACAUAAAUGGAGAGCUAUACAUUGGAAUUCCUCCAGGUGUGGAAUCUCGACUUGCCACUCUCACAUCUGAUGCGGAGGACAUCAAGAGACUCUCCGAGAUGGCCAAAAGCCGGCCAGAUAUUCCAGCCAGCUUCCAGUCCCAAAUGCAAGACCCAUCCGAGAUCGCAUCUGCUCUUCCUGCUUUAUUUAACACUCUUUUUGCACGGCGUGCCAUCAUACCUUCUGCUAAUGCACAUUGCUCAGCUCGUGCUCUUGCACGCUACUAUGCAGCUCUCGUGGAUCAAGGCGCCAUUCCACCACCACAUGCUUCUCCUGCCGAACCCAAACUGGGGAGCCACCAGCACAUCCCCAAAUUCUCAUCUCCAAAAUCCACCAAAAAACAAAAAGGUUCCAAGCACUCACGAAACAAUUCCAAAGAUGGUAGCUCCUUGAAAAAGGCCAGCGGAGCUAACUACACUAAGGUUCCCAGUGAAGAUGUUAGCAGCAGCAGCAUCUCUGUCGCUAUACGUGAAUAUGGCAACGACCAAACAACUGCUAAACUUUUUACCAACAGCAGAAUCCACGAUGCAUUCGUUGGAGCCGGGGAUUACGAGGAGUUGACACUUCCAGGUGGGCAGUUUGGUCUUGGUUUUAAGAGAUCUUACUCAGAGGAUGGUAAGCUGAUUGGCUUCGGGCAUUCUGGACUCGGUGGAUCGACAGGCUAUUGCGACAUUGACAACAGAUUCUCUAUUGGCGUAACGCUGAACAAGUUAAAUAUGGGAGGCGUGACAGCAAAAAUCAUGCAGUUAGUCUGCUCAGAACUCAAUAUACCACUGCCAUCAGAUUUUUACAGAUUUUCGGAGAGGAUAGCUGAUGAUGACUCAAAUAUAGCACCUUUGAUUAAUUGAUACAUGUGUUUUUGCUUAAAUAGGGAUGAAUACUGUCUAAAUUGUAGUUGCCUACUUACAUAUUUAAGCUACCCAAAGUAAUAUCGACACACACUAUAUUUUUUUGACCCUACUUAUAUAUUACUACUAAUUUUUGGCA